AUGGAUACUUUAAUCCCAGAAAUCCAUUUAUACGAUUCUCAAUCUGAUCACUGGAAAUCAUCUGUAAAUGAUGAGAGGUUGUCCACAAAUGGCACUGAUACAAUUUUUCAAGGCCAAACAAUCACCAAUCCAAAGACCAUUAUAUCAUCGAAUGGGAAAUUCGAACUUGGCUUUUUUUCUCCGGGAAAGACCUCCAAUUACUAUCUUGGAAUAUGGCAAAAAGUGUCCAAGCCGGCAAUAGUUUGGGUGGCAAAUAGAGAAUAUCCCUUCCUGAGUAGCUCUUCUAAUCUUACCAUCAACUCUGAAGGAAAGCUUGAGAUUUCAGAUGGUAAAAUGUCCUACAAGGUAACAAACAUUACAACUAGCAACAACAGCAACACGUUUGCCACGCUUCUAGAUUCAGGUAAUCUCGUCUUGCAACUCCGAAGUAGCUUAGAAGUUUUGUGGCAAAGUUUUGAUUAUCCUACCGACACUCUUUUGUCUGGAAUGAAUCUCGGAUAUGACCAGGUAUACGGAAAUACUUGGUCGUUGGUGUCCUGGAGAAGUCUGGAAGAUCCUGCCCCUGGUUCUUUCUCCCUCUCCCUGGGAUAUAUGUAUUCCACGGAAUAUAUGGAUUUUGAUGUUAAUUUGACCGUUUGGCAGGGUCCCCAAACAUACUGGACUGGUUCUUUUCAUGAGUUUGAAAAUUACAGCAUUUAUAAGAAUGGCCGUUUUUACGUUACUUGGGUUUCUCCUGAUACUUCUAGGAUUAUGCAAAUGCUAUUGGAUGCGUUUGGACAACUUAAGAUACAGUCCUGGUCUGAAGAUGACCAAAGUUGGCAUACUUUAAAGUCUUCCAAGUGUUCAUAUCGCCUAUGUGGAGCUUUCAGUGUUUGCAACAUCACGGCUGUCCAGAAGCCAUGCAGCUGUUUGAAAGGUUUCAGACCUUUAUCUGGCAAUACUUCGAGUGAGCGUCAUACAUAUGAUCAGGGUUGCGUGAGGAAAACCAACUUGCUGCAGUGCAACGAUAGUGGUGAUCAUAUCCAGAAUUAUGGGUUUUAUUGGAUGAAAUUUGUAGAUUUUCCAAGUGAUCCAAAGGCAUUCAAUGUUAGCAGUGCGUUAGCAUGCCGCUCAGCUUGCUUGAGGGACUGUUCUUGCAUAGCUUAUUCCUAUGAUCACAUACUCGGGUGCUUAGCAUGGUUUAGCAAUUUGUUUGAUCUCAAACAACUUGCAAUAAAUGACACUAGUGAAAAAAACUUUUAUCUCAAACUUCCGGCUUCUGAGUUGAUUACCGUAGGUAAGAACAAUGGAAAUUUGACUAUCACUGAUCAUCGACCAGAUGCAUUCAGGAUUUUACUCAUAGAGUCAAACCCUGAUUGACAAAGAAAGGGAGCUGCUUUCUUUAAGACUAACCUUUUGGAUAGUAUAACUAAUAUGGUAGUACAGUAUAUAUAACUGCUGUUUGACUUUGUUUCGCAGAUGUUUUCGCAAAAAAUGGAACUAUGA